AGCUUGCUGGCAUUAAUAGUCUAUUUCAGCUCUUUUCUAUAGCCCAGCAGCUACAGAGGGGGGGAAAAAGCAUGCUUUGUAUGGAGCUGUGGUUGGGUCUGUGCUGCAGUGCCCAUCUGAACUUGGCUGUGUCUAUUUUGUCAGCUUUUGCUUCCCUCUAGUAGCUGCUGGUCCCUUCCUAAACUCACGAAAUCCCACCAUGCAGCGCCUGUGCUUGGAUCAGGGUUCUGGCUGCUCCUGACCUGAACCACUUCCCUUGAUGGUUUUGUUUCUCAAGCACUUUACUGAAAACGAGAUAUCUUUGGGUUUCAAUUUUGUCUGGCUUUUUAUCUUUUACUUCUCAAUUGAUCUCCAGAGGAGUGGGACUAGGACAAAACAUGUGAUAUUCUUAACCAAGGAUCUAUGGAGAGGGUUUAAGCUGUUGGAAAAGUGAGUGGCAUUCUUGAAAUGGUGUGGUUGCGUUUAUUUGGGUGUGGAUAUAAUCAUGUUUCUGUGAUACAGUUCCUGCUGAGUUUGAAAUGCUAGUGUUAGUAAAGCCAGAAGGAGAGCCAGACAAAAGCUUGGAGAAAAGUCAGAAUUUCAGUGCCUCUUAGUGAUGGUUCAUGGGAAAGUAACGAUUUUGUGUUUGAUUUUCCUGAAGCACUGGGCAUAUGCUUUUUCUUCUCUGUGAAUUACUGUUUGUGAAUAUAUAUCUUUACAGCAUGGGAACAUCAGAAACAACUGGUUUUGUGCCUAGGUUUCACUCCUAGAGGUAGGUCCUUGCUAGAGACUCUGGGUAGCCUGAUGAAAAUGGUGUUUAACCACAAAGCCUCAAUUUCUGCUGUUGCUGAUUGUGGCAGCCUAAUUCCAGGUCCUCCUGAAUCCCUGGAGCUGAGGACAUGCUCUCCUCCUCCUGUUCUGCCACUGCCUUGCCUCCGUCUCCUCCACCCCACACAUUUCUUAGCCUUGUGUAGAGCACAGCAGAGAUUUCUUCAUGAAGACUGGAAUGUGUUUAUAUAAUAUUUUAUAUAUUAUUUUAGGCUCCUGCUACUCAAAUGUAGGCAAACGCUUAACCUCUUAUUCGCCAUCGUUAGACGAGCCGUGAAAUUCCUGUAGCAGACAUCAGGUCAGGUGGAUCUAAACCAGCUUCUGUUUUUCCUGCCUGGAAAGUUCAUCCUUCAUCAUUUUCCUGGCAAGUGUGGCUACCAAGAGCAGCUUUUCCAGGCCAGGAGUGUUUAGUUGGGAGUGUUGAUUGUGAACCACGCUGGUCGAGCUGGGCGUAGUGGGGGCUCUUCUGUGUGGGAGGUGUCACAAAGGGGGUGAUGUGAGAGGCUCAGUCUCUGCAAAAGCAGGGGCAGGGCAGCAGUAGAACACGGGGCAGAGCUGCUGAAAAGGAGAGAACAACCUGCUGCACUAAAUCCCAGCUCCCCUGGGGACACAGCUCCGUAGUUACUAUCCUCAAAUGGCAUUCCUUUAUUACGUGCAUCAUUGUGCACGGCCUCUAGAGAGGAAGCAAACGGUCUCUAAAACAAUCUGCUGGCAGCUCAGGCUGGAGGAUUUGAGGUUUUCCAGGGCUCUUUUGCUGUGUCAUUCUUCCCUUUAAUGUUCCAGCUUGAAGGUUGUUGUUCUUUCUCCAUCAAAGCGCGUUAAAGCGCCGGUAAGAGUGUCUGCUCCAAGGACAAGGUGGAGAAGGCAGCAGCCCGGGGAGAACAAGAGAUACCGCAGAACAGCUUUGUUUUGGUGUAAUCUGUCUUAUCUGCAUGUGAUGCAAAGACAGGGCAGUGCUCACAAGACUUGGAGGCUGCGUGGUGACAUGUUUUCUGUCCUUUUAUAAAAUCCACCACGUUAUUUUGAUUAGAGCGCUAACGUAACUCCUGGCAGCCUCAAAUCUCACUGCUAGCAGCUACUUCCCUCCAAAGCCUUGGUGUGGUGCUAACAAGCAGAGAGAUCUUGUGCGUCCUGUUUACACGGAGCUGGGAAGACAGCGUGUUCCGUGGGAGGUGCCAAGGUAGCGCUGUGUUCGGAUAUAAGUUUUUAGGUGGCAGAGACACUGUGGAGCUGAGUGUGGGGCAGGCAGAGCUGAUGGGGGAGCCUGGGGUGUAGCCCAGGAUGGACUGGCUGUGACGACGACGUGCCUUAGCCGGAGAGGUCGUUACCAUGAAGAGUUCCUGCAGAGCUGGCCUCCACAGGGAACCGCUGACUUCCACGUCCUCCACCUUCCAUCAAGUCAAACGGGUUUCUGGUAUGCACUUAAAGCCAUAUCUCAAGUUACAGAAGAAAGAGCGAUCCCCAGAAAUAAGCCAGGAUUCCCUGCGAGGCCGCCAGGGACCGGCUCAAGGAGAAAAAUACACCAACUGCAGCAAACUGAGCGUGUUCCCAAAACCCUCCCUGGUGACUCCGUCUCAAAAGCUUCUGGGGAUUAUUUAUCCAAAUACUAUGUGCAAUAUGAACGGGAAGGGCCCGGCGGACGGUCCGAGUGCGAGGGACAAGAAGAACGUCCUGUCUGCCACCAUCCACCAGGGAGAAGAAGGGGAAGGGCCGCUGGACGUCUGGGCCGUGGUGAAACCCGGCAACACCAAGGAGAAAAUCGCCUUCUUCGCGGCCCAGCAGUGCGGCGGCGGCGGCACCCGCACGGGCUCCAUGAAAAUCAAGAGCACGUGGGACAUCGACGGGAGGACGGCCAAGCGCAGGAAAAAAUCGGUGGAUCUUAAAAAAGCCAAAAUCCAGCUGGAGAGGAUGAGGGAGGCGAACUCCAGGUGCUCCCAGCCGGAGCCUUUCUCCUGCGGCAUCGAGCACUGCUCGGUGCACUUCGGGAGCGACGGCGGCGAGGGCGCUUUCCCGGGCCGCUCCCUGUCGGUCAUCGAGAUGGUGGCGUUCCUGGAGCAGCGGGCCAGCGCCCUGCUGGCCGACUGCGCCAAGAGCUGCGCCGCCACCUCCGCCGCCAGGCCCAGGGCCGCCCCGGGCGGCUCCGAGCCCUUCCCGGCGGGCGAGGCGCAGGCGGAGCGCGGCCCCGGCGAGCCGCAGGGCGAGCCCGUGCGCGUGCUGGACAUGGUGGCCAAGCUGGAGUCCGAGUGCCUGAGGCGGCAGAGCGAGCGCGAGGCCGGGAGCCUCUCCCGCAACAACAGCUUCCGCAGGAACGUCGGCAGGGUGCUCCUGGCCAGCGGCACCCGGCCCCCCGAGGGAGACGGGGGGAAGGGGGGCCCGGCUCCGGGGGAGGCGGGGGCGGCGGAGGCCGGCUAUGGCGGCGGCUGCGGCCCUCCGGGCGACGCCGAGCUGUGGGACGGCGGCGCCUCCGCCCGGCAGCCGUUUCCUUCGGGGCUGGAUCCCCGCGUGGGGAACGUGAACUCGGGGCUUGCCCGCGCGGUGUUGGCGAUGGCGGCCGGCAGGAACGACGCUGAAACGCGGAUCGAGCCUCCCAGGGCUCUGCUGUCCCCGUGCCCUGCUGCUGCCAGGCUGCCCCCGGAUCCCUUGCGGAGCAAGAGCGCGACCGUUGAUUGUACGUCGAAAGAGCCCGUGGUUUUCCCGAAGCAUCCUGCGAGGAAGGAGCCCUUGUGCAUCAGUAUAUCGGUCACCAAGACGGAGGAAGGGUGCAGGAAGGAGAAGCUCUCCAGUUCUGGUGAGGAUUCGCUCCCAGGGAGGCUGUUUUUCCUCCAGGGUGAGGGGCCUGCUGCUCACGAGCAACAGCCGGGGCGGGAGAGUACCCAGGAGAAGCCGGGGGAAGUAGCCCAAAACGAGGAUGAGGAUGCUCUGGCAUCUGCUGCAUCGUGUGUCAGAAGCAGUGUCCCUACGGAGCCAUCGGCCCCUUCUGUCCCUCCCGCAGAAGGGGCUUUGCAAGUACUUGACGCUUCCUGCCUCAAGCGGCAGGUUUCACAUGACUUUCUGGAGACCAGGUUUAAGAUCCAGCAGCUUUUGGAGCCUCAGCAGUACAUGGCCUUCCUUCCUCACCACAUCAUCGUCAAGAUCUUCGGCUUGCUUCCCACCAGGAGCCUGGUUGCCCUAAAAUGCACUUGCUACUACUUCAAAUUCAUCAUCGAGUACUACAACAUCAGGCCGGCGGACUCGCGCUGGGUGCGCGACCCUCGCUACCGGGAGGACCCUUGCAAGCAGUGCAAGAAGAAAUACGUGAAGGGGGACGUGUCCCUGUGCCGCUGGCACCCCAAGCCCUACUGCCAGGCUCUGCCCUACGGGCCUGGCUACUGGAUGUGCUGUCACCGCUCCCAGAAGGGCAUCCCGGGCUGUAAGCUGGGCCUCCACGACAAUCACUGGGUCCCCGCCUGCCACAGCUUUAACCGCGCCAUCCAUAAGAAAACCCGAGGAGCGGGAGCGGAGGUGGAAGAGGAAUAUUAGUGCACAAACGCUUUCCUGCAAGAUUGUUUGGGAGAGGAGGAGGAGGAGAUUCUCAUGCCUUGUGCUGUUUACAGUGUAUAUAAUUGUCGUGAUUAUUAUUUUUUUUCCCCCCCCCCACAGGGCUAUGAAACUGCACAUACUCAAACACAAGAGCCUUUACCUUUUAGAUUAAAAGAGAGCUUUUAGUCCAUCUCUGUAAAUAACACUAUAAAAACUAAUUGUACAUACAGAGUCUACAGCUGGCUGAACAAGGUAACCCCUACAAUGCAGCUAUCCCAGUGUUGCGGCUAUAGGUGUGUGUGUUUUUAAGUGUCUCGUUUCAAAAUCUGUAUAUCCUGUAUAAUAUAUGAAUGUUUCUGAGAAGAAACUCUAAAUAGGUAAAGGUCAACUUGUUUAAAGAAGCUGCAGACAACUUAACUGGACAACCCGAAACUUUAGACUAUAGAACAGAUCCAUUAUAGUAGUGUGGCAGUGGAUUGAAAAAAAAAAAAAAAAAAAGAGAGGAAUAUUAUUGUAUAGUCAGAAUAUUAAAAAAAAAAAAAAGUUCUUGUCAACCUUACCGAUGUUGUCUGGUUGGGUUUUUUUGUUUUUUUUUUUUUUACAUAAAUAAAAUGUGCAUUCUAGAUCUGCCUUACCAGACUUUCUCGUGUAAGAGUUUUGCCCCGAAAUAAAAACGCUGUAAAACACGUGGCAAAAACUUCGUGCUGUGCUGUAGUUCAGACGUGCAAUGUGCUUUCUCUAGCAAACCUGUCCUCCUACUAACAAAGGAACAAAACCUCCCCAAACCUCUGCAGCAUUCACAGAUUCUGGCUUUUCCUUUCCUUCCUGCCAGCCCUGUGUGAAGCAGAGGCUCCUUUCAUUGGGAAUUCUGGUGCUAGGUGUGUAAAGCUUGCAAAGAAACCAGGUGCUUUCUGCUGCUUCUGCUUCUUGCCUCUUGUGUUCCCUGGCUGCUCGAGGAUGGAGCAUGGGUCCAGCAGGAUCUUUGGCUUUAGAAGCUUUCCUCCAUGCUCUGUAUGGAAUUUUCCCCUUGCAAGAAGAAUCCUUGCAGUGCAUACCCCUGUGCUGUGUGUCGGCGCUUUCCAGGGGAAUGGCGGAGGUUUGUGUCGGCCGGACGGCGAUUCCUCGCGCUCACAACGGGAGCGGAGCGUGGCGUUCCCGGCAGCGUUUCCCUGCAUCUGUUCCUGUCCUGCCCUGCUGUGAGCCGGAGCUCAGGCUCCUGUUGCAGCCCUGGGAGGGUGGAUGGUUUGUUAGCCUGGGAAUGGACCCUGCCCAGCCCAGCAGCCGCAUCCAGGUCGCUCAGGGGAGCAGCAGCCGUUUUUGGGGAGCCCACGGAGCCCCGGCCACAUCCCUUCUCUCCCCACCUUGGUGCUGUUGCUGUUCCUCUUCCCCUUCUCAGGGCACGGACGGACUCCUGGCUCUCACCAUUCCAGCUGGAACGGCCAAAAAUCUCUGACCUGGUGCAAGAAGAGCCGGUGCCACCUUCCCAUGGAGCUCACCUCGGACCCUCCUCUGCCCUGCCAGCCCCAGGGAGCUGCUGGAAAGGGCAGGGAUGGGGUGGCCCUGCCUGGCUCAUCCUGUUCUCUGUCCUUUGGUGCUGGAUCAGCAAGGUGUGGAAAAACUGCUGGCUGCGGGGGCCAGGCUGAGCCACCCACCUCCACCUGCCCUUUUGGAGCCUGAGGAGGACAAAAGAGGGUUUUGAAGGCUUUUGUUCUUUCCUUUAACAGCGGGAGAAGGAAAAUCGAGCCCCGGCAGCCUGAAAUGUGGGUUUGGUGAGCUCAGGCUUCUCAGGGAGGUUUAAAGGAUGUUUAAAGGUUUUAUGUUUUGCCUUCACCUGCUCCUGCCGCCCCUCCCGGAGCUGCUCAGCCUCGCUGCGCUGCAGACGUGAUGACAACCAGGAGGAAUGAAAUUAGGAAUUGAAAAGAAGGGUGCGGCCGCCUUGUAAUCGGCUGGGAGGAGGGAGAGGAAAAGCGGGAUCCCUCCUUUAAUCCCUGACUUCAUCCUCUAACGGGGCACAGGCUUCACCCAAACUUCAUCUGCUCCCUCUGCUGCGCCCGCACCAGCAGCAAAACAACCUCCGGGCUGCUGCUUUGCCAAAGCCAUCGGCAUCAAAAGCCUUCAGCUUAAUUUGGAUUAGGGGAAACGGGAAAGAAGCUGCUUUCCUGCUCCCCCACCCAAGACUGGAAAACUUGAGGCUGACAGCAGCGAGGAAAGUCCCUGCGAGGCUGGAAUGGAGUGGCAGAGGAAAAUAUUUUGUAAUUAGAUAAGGGGCCAGUGAGGUCAUUUUAUUUGGAACAGGGUGUGAGAUUUUGGUGACUUUUGUUGAACAAGGGGAACAAGGAGGGUGAAAUAAUAUCAUGAGGCUGUUUUGUUCUUGGAGCAGGUAAAUCCAGAGGACAGCUUGCUGUCUGCCCUACCCCAUCCCUGCCUUCCCCCCAGGCUGGCUGGGGAGCGUGGGCUGCUUUGUACAUCAUUUAUUACGUUGUCUGCCGGAACUGUCCCUCCUGCACAGCGUUGCUGUUAAAAAUUGUUUCACAGAACAAGCUUUUGCAUCCAGGAGCGGUUGGUUCUGAGUGUUGCUGUGCUGAGCUGCCUGCAGGCUUUUUUUUUUUUUUUUCCCCUAUGUAAUGUUGUAAAAUGCAGAUUUCUGUUUCCUUAAGGGAUGGUUCAGGGAGAAGCCAAGGUUUGAUGAAUGUUAGAGUUUGGGUUUUUUCCUAAGAAGCAAUUAAAAAAUAUAUAUAAAAUCCAGUGUUGGAUUUACAAA